CGUUGCGCAUCGAGCAAGAUGGCAGCCUCCGAGACGGUUAGGCUACGCCUUCAAUUCGAUUACCCGCCGCCAGCCACCCCGCACUGCACGUCCUUCUGGCUUCUCAUCGACUUGAACAGAUGCCGAGUAGUCACGGAUCUCAUCAGUCUCAUCCGCCAGCGCUUCGGCUUCAGUUCUGGGGCCCUCCUGGGCCUCUACUUGGAGGGGGGGCUCUUGCCCCCCACCGAGAGCGCGCGCCUGGUACGAGACAACGACUGCCUCAGAGUUAAAUUAGAAGAGAGAGGAGUUGCUGAGAGUCCUGUAACAGUUAGUAAUGGUGAUAGUACUCGUUUAUUACCUAGAAAAGCAAAGAAGCGGGCAUUUAAGCUGGAGGAAGAUGAAGAAACCGAACUAGAUUACAAAAAUUCAAAGAAGCAUUGGAAGAGGCAUGAGAACAAUAACAGUGAGAAGACCUUGGAUCUAGAACCAAAAGCUGUCACAGAUCAGAGUGUGAGUAAAAAAAACAAGAGGAAAAACAAAGCCACAUGUGGUGUAGUGGAUGCUGAUGGUGGAGAGACCAAAAGAAAAUCACCAAAGAAAAAGGAGAAAUGUGAAUAUAAAAAGCAGGCAAAGACUCCCAAGUCUUCUAAAGCACAGUCAGUGAAAGAGUGGACCAUCCUGAAGUGCAGUCCUCCAAAAGGUCCUCCUGCUAGAAACAGCCUUGUGAAAGCCAAAAGAAAAGGUCACACAGGCAUUCAUACAAAAGAUAGUCCCGAUUCCUCCUCAGAGUCUGAGUCUUAUCAUGAAUCAACCAGUGAUGGUCUCAGCAAUGUCAUCUUGGAGGUCAGACAUUCCCCAGAGGAAAUCUUGACUGAAGUAUCAAAGGAAGGAUCCUCUAUGAAAACCACAACUGCAGACAAAGUGGCUGCAAAAACUGGUUUUCCCUCUACCCGCAUCAAGGGCAAGACCUCCAGAACAUCAUCUUCUAGUUCAGACUCUAGUUCAGAGUCAGAUGACCAAUGUGUGAUGUCAAAGAGUACCCCAGUGUGUACUGCAGAUUUCUUAAAGACUGUAGGUCUCUUUGCAGGAAAACGUUGUCCAGGGCCAUCCUCACAGGUUCCAAAUGCUGCUGGAUGGAAGCAGUCGGACUCAAAUGGUGGCAGACAGGCCCUUGGUCCUCCUCCCAACGUGACUCUCCCCAUCACUUUGGGAAGAGGUUGGAGUAGGGGAGAGGACCUUCUUUCUUGGAAGGGAGCGAGGGGUCGGGGUAUGCGGGGCAGAGGUCGAGGACGAGGGCAUGCUGUUCCCUGUGUUUUAAAUAGAAAUGCUGAUUAUCAGAAGCAACAGCAGUUGAAUGAAAUGGUGACAAACUCAUCUACUGUUAUCCAGAAUCCCAUAGAGACACACAAGAAGGACUACAGUCUCUUACCGCUUUUAGCAGCUGCCCCUCAAGUUGGAGAAAAGAUUGCAUUUAAGCUUUUGGAACUAACAUCCGAUUAUUCUCCUGAUGUUUCUGACUACAAGGAAGGAAAAAUAUUAAGCCAUAAUCCGGAGACCCAGCAAGUAGAUAUAGAAAUUCUUUCAUCUUUACCUGCCGUGAAAGAACCUGGGAAAUUUGAUUUGGUUUAUCACAACGAAAAUGGAGCUGAGGUAGUGGAGUACGCUGUGACGCAGGAGAAGAGGAUCACCAUUUUUUGGAGAGAAUUAAUUGAUCCAAGACUGAUUAUCGAAUCUCCAAGUAACACAAAGUGCGGAGCUUCCCUGAGUAUGACCGCGCCACCUCAUGGUUUAUAGAUGUCUUAUUUGUGAAAGUGACUAUAACCUGAACCUUUUUUUUUUUUUUUUUAAAGAAGAUUUGAGAGUUGUAUGCAUUUUUGGUUAUCUUUAUCGCAUAGGAAAAAAAUCUACCUCAUCAUUUAAAAUAACAUGGGUGUUGCUUUUUUAGACCUCUUUUUUUUCCGCAGGCUUAAUUUUAGUAACAAAAUUCAAAACAUGACAUUCUUCAGGCAUUGUUUAUAAAGCAAUAUGUAUGGUUUCUUCUCUUUUUUAUUUUUUUGGACCGUCGAGUAGCCAUUGUCAGUAGGCGUUUAUAAUACCAAGUACAAAAAAGUGCUGCAUAUCUUGUCUCAGUAAGUUUUAUUAAGUAUCAUUUUAAAACGUGAAAGCAUGUUACUUGACUUAAUUUUUUAACAUUUAAGAUGUUCCAUUCAAUAUGGAACAUCUUAUACAUUUCAAGUAUUUUAUACUUGUAAUUGUCAAGAGUUAACCAGUAGUUGGGUUUAUUGCAGGCAAUGAGUUAAGGAAUCCUUUCAUACUCUUUUCAACUGUAAAAUGAAGGAUUCUUAGGGCCUGUGGAGAGCAGUGGAAAUAAGUAUGUGUGCCUGGGGAAGAACUGGGGCUCCACUCGGGGGAGAGGAUUUACUGUGGGCUCAGACCAGGGUUAUCUUGCUACAAGGUGCCGAGCACCUGGCUGAGUGUGCUGGAGUGAGGAUCUUGAACAGAAACUUCCUUUUCUGUUAUUAUUCAGCACAGAGCUAAAAAGGCUAAAAUAUAUAGUGUGAAAAUUGUUUUCUUUUAACAAAACAUCAGAUCCCUCCUUCAGCUUUGCAGAUUUUUAAAUAAAGUCAUAUUGAACUAAA